AAGUUAUUUUAGAGUUGGCAACAUUGGUGUAGGCCGCUGACCUUGCCUGUGUGAGAUAUCCAAGGAUUAAAAAAUAACAAUGUUUCGUUCUCACACAUUAUUACGAUCUUUAAUUAGACAAAAGCCUAGAAGUUCCUUACAGUCUUUAGCUAAUAGAUGUGUGUGCAGUGCCAACAAUGCUAUUGAUAAUUGCUUAUCACAUCGGUCUAAUUCUUCAGAUGGACACUUACAGUUAAGAAAUGCAUGCAGCCAAAAAAUUACCAGGCGAUUUUACAGUUCAGAUAAUCUACCUCCCCAUAUCAAAAUUGUCCUGCCUGCUCUGUCUCCAACCAUGGAGUCCGGGACCAUUGUUUCCUGGCAGAAGAAAGAAGGAGAUAAGGUGUCAGAAGGUGAUUUAUUAGCAGACAUCGAGACUGACAAAGCUACCAUGGGUUUUGAAUCAUCAGAGGAAGGUUAUCUGGCAAGGAUAUUUAUUCCAGAAGGCACUAAGGAUGUUCCAUUGGGAAAGCUAAUGUGUAUCAUUGUAAGCUCUGAGAAAGAUUUAGCGGCUUUCAAAGAUUACAAGCCAUCUGCAAGUGAUGAUCAAAUACCCAAAGGCUCGGGGAAACCAGCUGCUGCACAACCCCCACCUCCACCACAACCAGAAGUCACAGCUGCACCACAAGCACCUGCAGCUGUUCCUAAACUGGAACUUGCCUCUGCUCCAGUUGCCUCUCAGGCACCUGGAGGACGAGUCUUUGCUACUCCUUUUGCCAGGUCUUUAGCUGAAGAAAAGGGAAUUGAUCUAAGGACUAUAGUUGGCAGCGGUCCUGAUGGUCAGAUCAGAGCUCAUGAUGUGCUCACAGCAAAGCCUGGUGCUCCCUCGGUGGGUACUGCCAUUCCAAUCACUUCACCUUCAACGUCAACAAGUUUUGUAGAUAUGCCGCUUACUAAUAUGAGACAGGUCAUAGCCAAACGGUUAACUCUUUCCAAGCAAACAAUACCACAUUAUUAUCUUGUCACAGAUGUUAAUGUAGAAAGGAUUUUGAGUGUUAGAAAAGACUUGAAUGAAUCAUUGGAAAAACAAAAGUUGAAAAAAAUUUCUGUGAAUGAUUUCAUUAUCAAAGCUGCAGCUCUAGCUUGUAAGAGGGUACCAGAAGCAAACUCUGCCUGGAUGGGUGAAUUUAUUAGACAAUAUAAAACAGUAGAUGUAAACGUUGCAGUUGCUACAGACAAUGGUCUCAUAACUCCCAUUGUAUUUAAUGCUGAAACUAAAGGCUUAUCACAAAUUGCUCAAGAUGUAGCUUCACUAGCAGCUAAAGCUCGUGAGGGCAAGCUGCAGCCCCAGGAGUUCCAGGGUGGAACAUUUACUAUUUCUAAUCUAGGAAUGUUUGGUAUUAAAAAUUUUGCUGCAGUAAUCAACCCUCCUCAGUCCUGUAUUCUUGCUGUUGGUGGUGCAGAGAAGAAAGUGAUAUCAAUUGAGAGUGCUGAUGGCAAAACUAGUAAGCCAAAAUGUCAGAAGCUCUGGUUCUGGAAAUGUGGCACUACCACUGAAGCUGGUCCUCGUGUCAGCACAGCCCAUGUCAUGACAGUAACCUUGAGUUGUGACCAUAGAGUUGUUGAUGGUGCCGUUGGUGCUAAGUGGUUAGCAGAGUUUAAAACAUUGAUGGAGAAACCUGAGUCCAUGCUGCUUUGAUUAUCUGUAGUACUGUAUAAACAAAAAUACUGAAUUUCUAUGACGAGACUAAAUUGAGGAACUUGUGAAGUAUUGCUGGCAAAUUGCUUGCUGUAUGCAUAUUACACAUACAUUUAAUAUCAAGGUAGUUUAUUUCUACAAGAAUGUUUUGAAGUAUUGUACUGUUUGACCUGAUCAAAUGCAUUUUUUUUUUGGAAUGAAUGGCACACUAGUUAUUUGAGGAAUUAUCUUUAGGCUCAUGGUUUGUUGCAUUACCUUCGUUAAUAUGAAUGUAGCAAUGAAAUAUAUUGUUUUUUUUUAAGCCUUUUUUUUAUUUUUCUCUUACUUAUCAAAUACAAUUCUAGAGUAAAUGUUUUGCCAUAGUUAGUAUGAAUUUGUUCCUAUAAGUUGCACAUUUUUGUGAAAGUCAACAAAGCAAUCUCUGGUAUGGACAUUUUUUGUAAAGUUCAUUCUGAAUACCUUAAAACAGCUUAGGAUUUUCAUUGACAUUAAAUAAUAUGGAAUUACCUUUAUUUAGUAAAUGCUAGAAAUGUGUUGCCAUUGUCAAUAAUUCUUUAAACAUUUUUUAAGCUAUGAUUUCUUAAAAUCUUAACAAAUAACAAAGUUUUGUUCAUAAUUUGUAACAUGAGUAACCCAAGUUAGAUGAUUAUUUAUUAAAUACUCAUGUUUCCUGUACUAUGACCAAGACCUGUACAUAUACAGUAUUCUUGUCUUGAAAUGAUUUAUCAGUGACAAUUAUUAUAAUUCAAGAUUAUCUAAUACUAGAUUCUGUGUAAAUGUGUUUAAUGAUUUAGCUCAGGAGAAUGUAUUUCCCAUAGUGAAUUGUUUUUCUAUCCCAUCCCUAAAACACAACUAAACUUGUUAGAAUUGUAGCAAUAACAAUUACUAAAUGUUUAUGCUAUAGUUUCAGCACUCAUUUGACAUGAAUAGGAGUGGGUCUUUUAAACAUGAAACAAAUAAUAAAUAAAAUGUGUUAUAAAAAAACAAACAAACUUUAAA